AGCGCUCCGGGGCCCGAGGCUGAGAUGGCCGUGCAGGAGGUGCUGGUGGCUGCGCUGCUGCUGGCUGGGGCUGUCCUCCCGGCCAGGGCCACGGUGGUCAACAGCUGCAGCAGCGCAGCCGAGCAGCUCUGCAACUUCAUCUGCGACUGCAGCGACUGCUCCGACGAGAACCAGUGCGGGUACCUGCGGGGCUCGGCGGUGCUGGGCACCCCCUUCAGCUGUGACUUCGAGGACGGUGCCUGUGGCUGGCAGGAUGUGAGCACCUCAGCGCACAGAUGGGUGCGGGGCCAGGCCAACCUGGCUGCCUGGGGCACAGGGCCCCACUCAGACCACUCUGUGGGCACCAACCUGGGAUGGUUCAUGGUGACUCUGUCCCCGCCGGCAAAGACCACGGCCACAGCCUGGCUCAGGUCACCUGUGGUGCAGGAGGCAGCUGCCACAUGCGAGAUCAGGGCCUGGUACCACCUGUCAGGAUGUGGGCUCAACCAGACAAAGCAUCCGGUGCUGCAGCUGGCCAUGGCACACAGGGAUGAUGUGGUGGGGCUGUGGCAGAGCCCUGAGCAUGAAGGUGAGGGUUGGCACCAGCUGGUUGCCUACCCAGGCCGGGUCACAGGGCAGUUCCAGCUCAUCUUCUCCAUGACACAACCACCCACGUGUGAGGCACAGCUGGCACUCGAUGACAUCCUCUUCAGGAGCUGUGGCUUGCAGGGGCACGGACGGCAGGAGUGCCGGGAGCAGGAGAGGCGCUGCGGGCAGGGCUCCUGCCUGGCGCUGCACCGCUUCUGCGACGGCACCGACGACUGCGGCGACGGCUCGGACGAGGAGGCGGUGCAGUGCAAGUCCUUCACUCUCUGCUCCUUUGAGCAAGACUUCUGCAGCUGGAAGGCAGAGGCUGGGCAGCCAGCCUGGGAGCGGAACACCAGCCUGAGCCUGGGCUCUGCCUACGGCAUCCCCCGCCGGGACCACAGCACUAACAGCAGGGCAGGGUUUUUCCUCCAUGUGGGCAGCACCUUGGGCACAGGCUCUGGAGGCACAGCCAAGCUCAGGAGCCCAACUUUGCAGGCUGAUCAUUCCUGCUCUCUCGUGCUCUACUGCCACCUCCAUGGCUCAGCCACCAGCAGCCUCAGCAUCUCCUACAGGACCAAGACCACCACACAGCUGGUGAGAGAGAGGAGAGGGGACCUGGGCAGCUGCUGGGUGCGGGAGAGAGUGGACUUCAACGUGACGGAGAGCUUCGAGGUGCUGAUUGAGGGGGUGGCUGGCAGCGGGGGGACUGUGGCCAUCGAUGACCUGAUCCUGUCUGCAGGCUGCGUGAGCAAGGAGGGUGAGCUGGAGGGCGUUUCACUCCCACCCCCGCCGCCGAGCCCCGCGGGCGCCGGCCGCUGCGCGCCCGGGUCGCUGCCUUGCGCGGCCGGAGGCUGCGUCAGCGCGGAGCUGGUCUGCGACUUCGCGGCGAGCUGCGCCGACGGCUCCGACGAGAAGAGCUGUGGAGCAACCGCCUUUGAGGCAGGGCCCGGGGGCUGGCACGACGUCAGCGCGGGGCGGCUGCGCUGGGCUGUGCGGGAGGCGGCGGAGCACAGCGACACCUCCCUCACAGGUGCAGGGUCUGUCCUGGCCCUCCAGGCAGGAGAGGGACAGCUGGUGGCUGCCGCCAAGGCACGCACGCCCCUGCUCGGCCCCUCCGGCCCCGCCUGCGCCGUGGAGCUGAGCUACCGCAUCCGCAGCGGCCCCCAGGGCUUCCUUGCUAUCAGCGUUUGGGAUCACACCACUGGCACUACCCAGCUGGCCUGGCACACACAGGGGCAUGGCAACACAGCCAAGGGCCGUGUCAGUGUCCCUCUGGGAGAGAGGAGCCGACCCUUCCAGGUUGAGCUGCUGGGGCUGGUGGAGCUGCAGGACUCAGGGAGUGCUGCCAUCGACAACGUGGAGUUUGUGCAGUGCCUCAGCAGCACAGGGCCACCAGGGCACAUGGAGCUGUCCUGCAGCUUCGAGAGGGGCCUGUGCGGCUGGUACCAGGAUCAGUCCAGCGACUUCAGAUGGGUGCCCAGCACAGGGCAGGGGCAGGGCUCUGACCACACAACCGGCUCGGGCCACUUCUUGGCUGCGGACCCCUCUGCCCCGUGGAGCCGCGGGCAGCGGGCACAGCUCGUCACCUACUACCAGGAGCCCGCAGCCGCCCGGCGCUGCCUCUCCUUCUGGUACCGCCUGGCCGGCCCUCAGAUCGGCACCCUGAACCUCAAGCUGCAGCUGGAGGGAGGAGAGCAGAGAGUGCUGUGGACCCAGCGAGGGACCCAGGGCAGCAUCUGGCACCAGGGGCAGGCAACGCUGCCCACCACGAGCCGACGGCGGUACCGGGUGGCCUUCGAGGCCCUGAGGGACGGGUUCCUGGGGGACAUGGCACUGGAUGACCUGGUGCUGACAGAGGGACCCUGCCGGGCCAAGCCCUCCUGCUCCUUCGAGGCGGACAGCUGCGGGCUGGUGGCCAGCGGGCAGCACACGUGGCUGAGGCAAAGCAACCGCACCGGCAGCACUGCCGGCCCCGCGGCCGACCACGGCACCGGCACGGCCACAGGCCAUUACAUGGUGGUGAGCACGGGCAGGGCCUCCCUGCCUGCAGGGCAUGUGGCUGCCCUCACCUCUCAGCUCUACCAGCCCUCUGCACCCACUCAGUGCCUGACCUUCUGGCACCAGCUGAGCACCGAGAGCCCAGGCUCCCUUGGAGUCUUCGUGGAGCAGAGUGGGAAGAGGAGGAAGGUGAUGACUGUGAGCACCAUGAAGGGCAGCACCUGGCACCGCAGCCACAUCACCAUCCAGCCUGAUGGGGACUGGCAGGUGACAUUCCAGGCAGUGGGAGCUGGGGGUGCCCAGGGGUACAUCGCUCUGGACGACCUGCACGUGUCGGAUGGAGCCUGCCCCGAGCCAGCAUCCUGUGACUUCGAGCAGGACAUGUGUGGCUGGAGCAGCCCCUUGGACCCCCACCUGCACAGCUUCGCCUGGGGCUGGAAGAGUGCAGUGCCCCUUGCCAAGUACCCUGGCCCCAAACAGGAUCACACCCUGGGCACAAAGAAUGGUCAUUAUGUGCACUUCGACACCUCUGUGCUGGGCCUGGGGGGCACCACGGCCCGGCUGCAGAGCCAGCACCUGCCCGCGGCUGCCGGCUCCUGCCUGCGCUUCUGGUACCACAUGGACAUCCCAGAGCACCUCUCCUGCGGGGAGCUGCGGGUGAUGCUGCACAGCACGGCAGGGCAGCGCACGGUGUGGAGCCUGGCUGGGCACCGCAGCCAGGGCUGGCAGAGCGCUGUGGUGCCUGUGCGGAGCCCCGGCGAGUUCCAGAUCAUCUUCGAGAUGACCACAUGGAGGUGGCCGAUGGAGGGGACGGUGGCACUGGAUGACAUCGUGUACAGUGCCAGAGAGGGCUGCCAGUCCAGCCAGGAUGUGCCAGCGGAAGAGGCAUCCCCUGGCACCCCUGUGGCACAGGUGGUGCCCAGCCUCCUCCUGGCCAUCAUCGUCCUGGCUCUGGUGGCUGCUGCAGGGUGGUACUGGCUGAAGCAGCGAGGGGCAGCCAGCAGGACGCCGGCAGAGACCAACACUCCCCAGGGCUUCGACAACAUCACCUUCCGAGAUGACCAGGUCAUCAUCCCCGCAGAGCCGAAGGAGGGGAACUAAGUCUGAAGUCAGCAGCCGGCAGCGGUGGUUGCCCACUCAGCCGGCGAGGUGGACGCAGGGCAGAGC